AUGGGACUGACUGAUCAAGUGCUGCCGCCGGGAAGUCGAGUCACUAGUGUUAGUGCUCACGGAGCAAGCUUUUGGGCCAAAAUCUAUAAGCUUGAUGUUGUUUUUGUGGAUAAUAAAAAGCCUUGUUCGUAUUUCAUGAAGGUCUCCGAGUGUGACAUCGGCCUUGGGAUGGUGAUGGGCGAAUAUAAUGGCGCCUCGGCAUUGCAUCGCAUCAUUCCAGACAGGAACACUUCAGAGCCUGUGGCAUGGGGAACGUAUGUCAAGGAUCCGACCAAGCAUUUCUUUCUUGCAAUCUUUCGGGACAUCAAAGACGAAAUGCCACCAGGUGACAAGUUCACAUCCAGACUUGUCCACCUCCAUCAAAGCUCCGUAUCUCCCACGGGGAAGUUUGGAUUCCCUACAAGCUCUUGGCAGGGGACCAGUUGUCUGGAUACAAGCUGGUGUGACACCUGGGAAGAGUUCUUCACAAGAACGUUCCGCAGCAGCAUCAACUUUGAAUCUUCUGUUCAUGGUCAAACGGCUGAAAUAGAUGACCUGGCAGAGAAGAUGAUUACCAAAGUCAUUCCUCGGCUGAUUCGACCCCUUGAGACCGGAGGCAAAUCUAUCAAACCGUGUCUGUGUCAUGGGGAUCUUUGGCAUGGGAAUGUAGGCGUCGACCGGAAUACGAACGAACCUAUCAUUUUCGAUCCAUGUUGCGUUUAUGCUCAUUACGAAUGUUAG